AUGACCAGAAAAAUGCAGCCGUCACCACCGAAUAUGCGGGUUCCCCGAACAAUAACCAGCAAUGAUGUUCAAUGGUAUCUUGAUGAGAACAAGAGGCUGAUUAUGGCAAUAUUUGAAAAUAUGAAACUCAGGAAAUUUGAUAACUGUGCCCAGUACCAAGAGCAGCUUCAAAAGAAUUUAAUGUAUUUAGCAGCACUUGCUGAUUGGCAACAUUCACAAUCACAAGUCAUGCUUCCACAGGUGCAGCAAAUGAUUGUACCCUCUAGCAUGCAACAUCCUGAGUUUGUACCAAAUGCUCAAGAACCAAGAAUUUCCCCUCCAAAUAUGGCAUUGCAAUUUGCUAAUGCUCGAGAACAGCUAUACCAGCAAGUAGCAUUGAGAGCUGGAUGGAUCGGUAAUGGCACAAAACCAAUGUAUGGUGGUGAGAGUGGUUUUGGAGGUGGCAAGAGUGGUGCCUCAACUUCAACUGCAAGUCCAAAUGAUGCAUGUGGGGGAAGCUUGCAAGGACCUUCUCAUGGUGGAGAUGACCAUGGAAAUAACUGA